CGUUCAUCUCAUUAAGUAAGUGUUAUCAGCGUCUACUUCAGUUGAGAGUUCAGAGUGAGAGAAGAUGUUAAAGUCAAAUCUCUUGUGUUUUCUUCUUAUAUUGAUGCUCUCUGUUUUUACUGGAGGAGCGGAUGCGUAUUUCGGAGGUUCGUUGGACAGAUGCAUCUACAGCACCCGUGAUUACAGUGACAUGGUGUACAUUGAUGCCUAUUUCUUCAAUAAAAUAAUUGACGUACAGUUCAACAGCACUGUGGGGAAGUUUGUGGGGUAUACUGAUCGUGGAGUGAGAACUGCAGAGAACUGGAAUAAUAAUCCCGACAUCCUGCAGCAAGAGAGAGCUGAGGUGGACAGAUACUGCAAAUAUAAUGCUCAAAUCGAUGACUCAUGUGUCCGGGAUGUAAUUAAUACAUCUCUUGUUUCAGUGAAACCGACUGUUAAGAUCACUUCAGUAAAGCAGCCUCAUGGCGGACAUCAAGCCAUGUUGAUGUGCAGCGCGUUCCGCUUCUACCCACAAAGAAUCACAGUGUCCUGGCUGAAAGACGGUAAACCUGUGACCUCUGAUGUGACCUCCACUGAGGAGUUGGCUAAUGGGGACUGGUACUAUCAGAUCCACUCGCACCUGGAAUACACCCCUAAAUCUGGAGAGAAGAUUUCCUGUAUGGUGGAUCACGCCAGCUUCAAUAAACCCAUGAUUGUUGACUGGGAUCCUUCUCUCCCCGAGUCUGAGAGAAAUAAGAUUGUUAUCGGGGCCUCUGGACUGGUGCUGGGAAUCGUCAUAGCAGCUGCUGGACUCAUUUACUACAAGAAGAAAUCAAAAGGGAGGAUCCUGGUACCACAUUAAUGAUGCUAGGUUUAAUGAAACAUUUGAAAACUGGAACAGUAAAAUGUUUCUCAUCUAUCUGUAACACAUAUUACAUGUGCUCUUUGUUUUUAAGAAUCCUGUUUAACAAUCAUAAAUAAUGAAUUACUGAAUUCUCAAACUCAGCCACAUGAUUAUUAAAUACGCAAAUCGCAGGUCCUGAAACUGUUUAAAUGAGAAUUAAACUUGGAACACUGAUGGAGAAGCAUCUGUCUUUAUGACAACUUUCAUACACAAUCUCUUUAUACUGUGCUUUUAACUGUUUUUACAAUGAAAACAUAAUGGGAAUAGAAAAUACAGCAUCAGUUCUCAUACGUGUGUUUAACUUUAGCAUCUUUUUGUAUUUGGUAGUGAUGAUGUUCUAAAGAAACUUCUAUUGAUGUAAAUGAUGUGUGAGAUACAUAUGAAGAUUAUUGUUUGUACUUUAUUUCCAGGAUUUCCUGAUUAAUUUGUUCAGAAUUAAAAGAGAUUGAUAAUGCUUAGCAUGGUAUCAUCUGAAAAACAUGAAUAUAUUUAUUCUGAAGACAGAUUAAAAGUAAAUGCCUGCAAACACAUAGGCAUUAUGUUUAAUAUAAAAAAUCCUAUUUUUAUAGAUAAUGAUAUGGGUCUGUCAGAUUUAUUUUAAUGUAACUGUAAUGACCCCAACAGGACUCUUUAAUUUUGCAUUUAUUGUCUGAUUUAAUUCUUCUUCCUUAUUAUCCUAGCAAUUACGCUUGCAUAAUGAUUGAUGCUUCAAAACAUCCACAACAACAUUUGUUAUUUCUUAUGUAAAUUUAAGCUUCAAAUAAAUAUUUUUAGGCUUUACAAA